CCAGGCUGCUUGGCCUAGCGGCGCCCGGCUCCGCCCACCCCAGCCCUCCCCCGCCGCUCAAGAUGGCUGCUACGGUGCUGCCGGGUCUGGAGCCUUGGAACCACGUGAGGAUCCCCAAGGCGGGGACCCGCAGCACAGUGGUAGUGCGGGACCCCAGAGCCGCCCUGAACAUUUGCAUUGCAGCUGUAAUUAAAGAAUGCCAUCUCAUCACACAGUCACUGAGGAGCCAAACCUUACAACAAGAAGAAGAUGUGUUAUGCGCAGUCCUUUACAGCAAUCACAACCGAAUGGGCCAUCACAAGCCCCAUCUGGCCCUCAAACAGGUUGAACAAUGUUUGAAACGUUUGAAAAACAUGGAUUUGGUGGGCUCAAUUGAAGACCUGUAUGGGUUGUGUUCUUCCAAAGAAAAGCAGCCUGUACCUACCACAGCGUGUGCCAUUCCCAGCCAACCAGUGAUGGAGUUUGUGCUGAUGAAGGUUUUGGGUGCCUGUAAGUUGCUACUCCGCUUGUUGGACUGCUGCUGUAAGGCAUUUCUCUUGACUGUGAAACACCUAGGAUUGGAAGAAUUCAUCAUUUUAAACCUUGUGAUGGUCGGGCUGGUAAGCAGAUUAUGGGUUCUAUACAAAGCUGUUUUAAGAAGAUUGAUUUCUUUAUAUGAGUCAUUAUUUGGAUUACUACAAGAAGUCUCCAAGAUUCAACCUAUGCCCUACUUCAAAGAUUUCACCUUUCCUUCUAAUAUUGCUGAAUUCCUAGGACAGCCCUAUCUUGAACUCUCUAAGAAAAAAAUGCCUAAAGCUUUUUUGUCUAAAGGAGUAACUAAGUUGCUAGAUAAACUAUUUUUAACAAAAGUAAAAUUGCCAAAGUCAGGUGAAGACACUUCACUUAAAAUAUGCAAAACAGCUAAACAAAUGAAAGCCAACAUUCAGGAUGUGGACCUUGGACAGCCAGUAAAAAAGAGUAAAAAGGUCAUUAAAGAAAAUUCAUCAGGAUUUGAUGUGAGGGCUUUCUGCAAACAGCUGAGAAACAAAGCUAUUCAGGAUGCUAGCUCUGAGUUUAAAUAUUCUCAAUCCAAAUUGAAGACAAGCAAACAUCCUUCUUGGAAGGUGACAGUAACUCCCCAUGUCAGACGUUUUGUACAAAGGUUUCGAGAAGCCAGAACUUUCACCCAGCUUUCUGAAGAAAUCCAGAUGGCAAUUGCAUGGUACCGAAGCAAAAAACAAAAGGUUCGGGCUAUGUAUUUGGGUAACAAACUUCUUAAAAGUAACCGGCUGAAACAUGUGGAAGCUCAAGGUUGUAGUUUGCCCAAGAAACUGGAGUGCAUAAAAGCAUCCAUUUGCAACUGCCUUCUUCGUGGCUCUGGUGUCAACAUUUCAAAGCAUCUUAGACAAAGAAGAUCACAGACUAAAUUUUCACUGAGACAAAGGAAACCACAGAGAAAGUUGCAGCCAACUCUAUUAAAGGAAAUUCAGCAGUUUUCUCAAGGGACUCUGCAGAGUGCUAUGGACAGCAGUGCUAAGUGGAGGUGCUCAUGCCUUGCAGCACAGGAAACCAAUCUGUGCUCCAGCAAUAAGCAGCUUUUGAGUAGCAGAUAUCCAGAUCCCAUCAUGCAGACUAAGGAGAAACAGGUUCAUAGAAAUCUCACAGGAAGCAAUGAAAACAAAACUGACUCAUGGACAAACAUGCACAUAAGCAAACACAGUACGUCAGGAACUGUUAAGGAAACAGAUGACAUUGAUGACAUUUUUGCUGUAAUGGGAGUUUAAAUGUUCAUUUGUAAGACUUUAAGAAUUAGUGGGCAGGUUCUGCUGUUUUAAGAGGAACUACUGAGAUCUGGAAAUACCAUUGGCCCAGUGAGGAGCUGUGUCAGUGCGCUUGGUAUAGGAGGGCAUUUCAGCUUAAUAAACACUUAUAGUUGUUCCACUUAAUCAGCCAGGUAUGCAGGUGUUAAACUUGAAAACUCCAUCACAGCCUACCUGUGAGAAACAUUUCUUGAUUGAGGCUGAUAGGUCCUUGAAAACUUGAAUAGUUUAGUUCCUGGAGAAUAAGACUUAAGUUUGCAAAAUCCUCCAUGCCUUAAAGGAGCAAGAAUGGAGAGGGAUGUCAAGGAGGCACCCUAAACAAUUACUUUUGUCUUAUUUGCUCCACUGUGGAUUGGUCUGCCAGUGUUACUUCUGUAGUCUUGUUUAUGAACUGGAAUGGGCCACCAAAAGGAAUCAGAUCACAGCUAUUAUUUCUCUCCAUUUGAUCACCUUACCUCAUAGGACAUAAAAAAUGCUUUUGGGGUUUCCCAGAAGGUUUUAUUUUCUUUAAGUGCUAAUGUGAAAGUGAAAUAAGUGACAAAAUGUGCCCAGGGAUAGAAGGCUAAUCAUCAUAUAUUUAAAUUUGGUGUUGAGAUUGAUGCGUGUACAAGCUGUGAGAGGAUCUUAACAUAUUUCUAAAUAAUGCUGUGAGAGGUAUCUUUCAAAUUCUUUAGCCACUAGAAUUAAGUUCAUACACCUUAAGUUGUUUAUUUACACCAAAUAGAUGUCAUAAAAGAAAAAGGUACUCUGGUAAGGCCACUCUGUGAUUUUCUCUAUAUUUCCUUCCUACUUAUUACCCUGCUUUGCCCUUCUGCUUUCUGCAUUUCCUCACAGGAGACUUUGAGUCUCUUGGUGGGUUUUACAAAGAUUAAUAACCAUGGAUCAGGGAAUGGGGCCAGAUGUUGGCAUGCAUAUUUAGCAGGGAGCCCAGGUGAUUUUGAUGCAGGUGGACUGAAAUCCAGAGUUAAUAUGUAAAUGCUGGCUUUCCGGUGUUAGCUUGUCUCCUGAAACUUUGU